UGCAAAGAUAGGUGGAAAAAUCUGAUAGAAAAAUUUAAAACCGAAUUAAUUGAAUAUCCUGAACAUAUAACGGAAGAAACUGCCAAUGGCAAAAAAUUCGAAUGUAAAUCUAAAUGGAAAUACUUUCCGGAUUUACUUUUUUUGCGCCAACAAAAAGAUAUUACCCCAAAUCCUAUGCAAACACAAUUAGACGCAAUGCAAAGCCUUGAAUUAGAUUAUGUUAAAGAAGAAAGCAACCAUUCAUUUCUUCUGUUCAACGAAACACUCGAAGGUGGUUCAAGUCAUUUCGAGUACGAAGCUAGAGAUUCUGUGUUACAAGGUGAAAGAGAGGAAUCUAGACAGACGGAUGAAACGGGAGAUUCAAGACUUCAAGAGUAUAGGAAUUCUUCAGAAUCUCAAGACAAUAUGAAAGAAUCAGGUACGCUUUCGGUUAAUAUGAUUGAAGAAUCAUCAGAAGAAGAUACCAGGAAACUCCAGGAUAACCCACAAUUUAAAGCUCAAAAUGGUACAAAUCAGUGUUCUAAAAGGACGGCUGACGCUUUUGAUCAAAUUGAUGUUGAAGACGAAUUUGAAUGUUUUAAAAAGAUGAUCAGAACGAUAAAAGACCAAGAGGUUAAAGUAAAGUCGGAAAGUGACAAUGGACUCGCCAAUGAAUUAGAUCCAGAUAGAAUGUUCUUAUUAAGUCUUUGGCCAUUUCUGAAAGCAAUUCCCGAUAGAAAAAAGCUUUAUGUGAGACAGAGGAUUCAAGGCGUCCUUUUGGAUGAACAAGAACAUUUAUAACUAUACAUAAAUACCUUUAGAGAGAAAAUGAUAAGAGUUACUAUUUUAGAUUUUUUCCUAACAUCUGACUAGUUAAAGACACGAACCAAAAUAGUGCUUAUUAAUAAAACUGAGUAAUUUUAA